UGCUGCCGACUUGAAAGCUAUAACCCCUUUUUCUUUUUCUUUCUUUCGUUUUCUCUUUUGCUGUUUAGUGUUUACAUUAAUUUUUAUUUUUAACAAAUGUUUUUUUCCUUUUUCGCCGACACUGACACUCUCUCCCCUCAUUACUCCAAGCUUCGAAUAUCUCUCUCUUGCUGUCCCUUUCUUUAAUGGCGAUGCUUCUUGCCCCUCGCUCCGAUCUCAACUUCAAUACCGACCUCUUCUUCUAUUCUUCUUCUUUUUCUUUGCUUCAGCACCCACACUGCUAUGUCAUGCUAUCUCCCUCACUUCAAUAUCACCUUUAAAUAGAGGCACACCGACGAUAAGUUUCUGUAAUGGCUGGGAAGCCCAUUGCACUUCAUUUCUUUUUUGCUUGUUCACCACUCACCGAGUUAGUUUUCCUCGCCUCGAUCUUUCUUUUGCCGUUUCUUGUUCAAUGCAAUACUGAUGCCUCUGAUGUUCAAGCUCUACAAGUUAUGUACACUUCUUUGAACAGUCCUUCUCAGCUAACCAAUUGGAAAAGCGAUGGUGGGGAUCCGUGUGCAGAGUCAUGGAAAGGAGUUACCUGUGAGGGAUCGGCUGUUGUUUCCCUUCAGAUUUCUGGGUUAGGACUCAACGGUACAAUGGGAUACUUGCUUUCAAACCUCAUGUCAUUGAGAACAUUUGAUCUGAGUGACAACAACCUUCACGAUUCAAUCCCUUAUCAGUUACCGCCGAAUCUUACAAGCCUAAAUCUUGCUGGAAACAAUCUAAGCGGCAAUCUUCCUUAUUCCCUCUCUACCAUGUUUUCUCUCACUUACUUGAACGUGAGCCAUAAUUCACUUGCCCAAUCAAUUGGAGAUGUUUUUUCAAAUCUCUCUCUUAUCACAACUCUGGAUCUCUCUUUCAACAAUUUUAGUGGAGAUCUUCCCAGUUCCUUUAGUUCAUUGUCCAAUCUGUCAACACUUUAUGUUCAAACCAAUCAAUUGACUGGUUCUCUUGAUGCUCUUGUGGGUUUGCCUUUGACUGCCUUAAAUGUUGCACACAACCGUUUCAGUGGAUGGAUACCUCAAGAGCUUAGAUCAAUUCCAGACUUUAUAUACGAUGGAAAUUCUUUUGACAAUGGUCCUGCUCCUCCUCCGCCACCAUUUACCCCACCACCUCCUGGUAGAUCUCAUAAUAAUCGUAAUCAUUCGGGAUCAGGUGCACAUUCACCCCCAUCUUCUGAUGGCCAGUCAUCCGAGUCAGAUAAGGGAAUGUCAGUGGGGGCUGUUGUAGGCAUAAUCCUGGGUUCUGUGCUUCUUCUUUUGAUUGCACUUCUUGCGGUUGUGUUUUUCAUUAGAAAAAGUAAAAGAAAGGAAGUUGGUGCCAUAGUUUCCCAGGGAAGUCGGUCUGCUAGCACAAAUAAUAUAACGGAGAUGCAUGAGCAGAGAGUGAAAAACAUUGCUGCCGUUACAGAUCUGAAGCCCCCACCUGCUGAAAAAUCGGUGGUUGAGAGACUACAAGGGAAUUCUGGAUCUAUAAAGAGAAUGAAGUCUCCAAUCACAGCUACUUCAUAUACUGUUGCUUCUCUGCAAGUAGCAACAAAUAGCUUUAGUCAAGAGUUUCUAAUUGGUGAAGGUUCUCUUGGUCGUGUUUACAAAGGGGAGUUUCCUAAUGGAAAGACAAUGGCUAUCAAGAAGAUCGACAAUGCAGCACUUUCAUUACAGGAGGAAGAUAACUUUCUUGAAGCUGUUUCAAACAUGUCUCGCUUGAGGCACCCUAAUAUUGUUUCACUGGUAGGAUACUGUGCAGAGCAUGGACAACGUCUUUUGGUUUAUGAGCAUGUAGGAAAUGGGAGUCUGCAUGAUAUGCUGCAUUUUGCUGAAGAUGGCAGCAAGACUUUAUCUUGGAAUGCUCGUGUUAGGGUAGCGCUUGGCACAGCGCGGGCCUUAGAGUAUCUGCAUGAAGUCUGCUUGCCAUCUGUUGUGCAUCGAAAUUUCAAAUCAGCUAAUAUUUUACUUGAUGAAGAGCUCAAUCCCCACUUGUCAGACUGCGGUUUAGCUGCUCUCACACCAAAUACAGAGAGGCAGGUUUCAACACAGAUGGUUGGAUCAUUUGGUUAUAGUGCCCCUGAAUUUGCCUUGUCAGGAGUAUAUACUGUAAAAAGUGAUGUAUACAGCUUUGGUGUGGUGAUGUUAGAGCUGUUGACUGGUCGGAAGCCAUUGGACAGUUCAAGGGUGAGAUCGGAGCAGUCACUUGUGAGAUGGGCUACUCCUCAGCUGCAUGAUAUUGACGCCUUGGCAAAAAUGGUUGAUCCUGCAUUGAAUGGCAUGUAUCCUGCAAAGUCUCUCUCACGUUUUGCUGACAUUAUUGCCCUCUGUGUUCAGCCGGAACCUGAGUUUCGCCCACCUAUGUCUGAAGUGGUGCAAGCAUUGGUGCGGUUAGUGCAAAGGGCAAGUGUGGUUAAAAGGCGUUCUAGUGAUGAAUCAGGAUUUGCAUACAAGACGCCAGAUCACGAGGCCAUCGACAUGUCAUUUUGAGCAUCUCAGCCUUGUUGAAUUGGAGAUGAAGCGAGUCCUACAUAGUAUACAACCAGAAAAAGAGAGUGGUAUUGAAAGAUUGAAGCGCAUGCAUGCACAGAGGCAACAGGCGGAACAACUACUAUAUCAGAUGAGAAAUGUAAUUAUAUCCUGCAUAUACUUUAAGGUACCUUUAUCUGUAAAUGAUUCAAUAUUGUAUUCCAAAAUUUUCCAGAAUCUUUGGUGCAAGAUAUACUACGGCAGAAUAAAAUUUUUCAUUUGAUUCUAUCAAGAUUAUGUUUUUAUGAGAUUUUUGCUUUGUAAUAAA